AUGGUUGGUCGCAAUGCUAUUGGUGUUGAACUGGGCAAGUCUAUUUAUGAUGCAGAAAAGACAAAUGAUGGCAGGUAUACUAGAAUCGCCAAUCCUCCAAAGCAACUCAUGCUUCGGGCGCAGCUUGAGUACGACUGCGACGGUAUCCGACAGCCGGAAAUCGCCACCAAUACCAACUGGAAAAGUUAUCUUGAUGGACCCUAUGUCGGAACAUCCUGGUAUGGCGGAGAGGAGUACAACGCUACCCUGGAGGUGCAAAACUGGCCCUCUGCUGACGGAAACAUAGACCAGUGGGAGCCUGUGUCAAUAUUCAAAGGCCCUUCUGGAAUGAUGCCUGGCUUAAUCUACCCUCCCCUUCAAGUCGUUGAGCUACUUUCAGCUAAGUCUGUCUCUGGUCCCGUUAACGGAACCUAUAUCUUUGACUUUGGUGUCAACGUCGCUGGCUGGUACUCCCUUAAUAUUAACGAAUCCACUAGCACCCGCAUCGUCAUGAGACCCGGUGAGAAGGUCAAAAAUGGCACCGUCGACCAAUCGACUAGUGGCAAAAACGUUUACGAUGGAUACACUUCGAAUGGAGUACCAUUUACCUACCGUCCUAAAUUUGUUUAA